AUUGAUGUGUCUGCCGAUGAAGACACCCUGAAACGUAGCAUGGAUAGACAAAUGUUAUUGAAACAAGAGGUAACCAUGAAGAUAGAACAGCUAGAGACAACUGCAUCCCUCUACAAUGCAAAGUAUCUAGCGGAGGAUGCUGUGUUGCCUAGCGACCUUCAGGAUGCUCUCGACCAAAUGAGAGCUCUAGAAAGAAGUUUCGAGGAAAAGCUUGAUGAGAAAGAGCAAACCCUAGCCAAGGCCCAGGAGCACCAGAGUGUACUUGAGGACACCAAACAGAUCAUGUCUGAGUGGCUUGAUCAGGCAGAUGAUGUCCUCAGUGCACCUGUGACACAAGUAGAAACUGCUCUUGAGAAACAUGAGGCCUUGAAGAAGGAAUUUGACAUUGUGCAACACAAAAUUGAAACAUUAGAAGAUGUAACAUCUGAGGUGGUUGCUGAAUUAACUCACCCAGAAGCUGCGCAAGCCAUCCAAACCAGCGUUGAUGAAAUCAAAGAACGUUGGCUUGCAGUUCAGAUUGCUACAGAGCAGCGAAUCACACAGAUCCAAGAGACUGUUGAACUAUGGGAAAAAUAUGAGAGUUUGUUGUAUUUUGUUACAAGCUGGUUGGAGACAUCACAUGCAGUGGCCUCAGCUGAUGUUGUAUGGAUGAGUCAGGAAACAAUAGAUCUGCAAGUUCAACAGCAUAAGGCUCAACUUGAAGAGCUUCCAAAGGUUCAGGAAAACUUGACUGAAAUGUCAGCAACCCUUGAGAAACUGCAGCCAUUAUGUAGCAUUGAACCGGCUCAAUCCAAAAUGGUAACCACCAGUCAGGAAGUCACUGUCGUAUCAGAAAAGCUACAUGAGCAAGCUGAGUCACUUGAAGAGACUGUUGCUGAAUUGGAGACAUAUGGCAAUGAGUUGAAUGAAGUUACACAGUGGCUUGAGGAGACAAGGGAUGCUUUGAAAGCUAGAGAUACCACACUUACUUUGAAGGAGCAGCUUGCCAUGCAAGAGAAACUGUAUGGAGACAUUGAGGCACAUAGGAGCCAGGCGUUCUCCGUACUCUCCCAGCAUUCUGAACUCCGCUCCAUAGCAGGAGAAGACAGCCCAACACAUAGCACGAAGUUGGCUAGUGAGAUCUCACAAUUAACUCAGGUUGCUCAGGACAAGCUGACUGAAUUGCGUGACCUUGUGAGAGCACAGGAGACAUGCGAGGAUGAGAUAUGUGAAUUGACAGGAAAGAUUGCAGAAGCGCAACAAAAGAUGUCAGUGUCAUCUAUGGAGAAGCCCAAAUCACAGUCUCAGUUGAAACAACAGCUUGCAGAUAAUAAUGCAUUGGCUGCUGAAGUUAAAGAGUACCAGGAGAGAAUAGAAGAACUUGCGCAGAAAAGCAGCCACAUCUCAGAACGUGGUCGUCAACUCUCCCCACCCCCAGGUCACAGACAGAGAGACACAGGCUCUGAACUGAGCAUGGAUAUCCCAGACCGCAAAGAUAGUGGGUUUAUGUCCCCCGAUGGUUCAAUCAGAUCAGGGGUUUCAGUGAAAUCAAAGGAGGAUAUUUUAGGGGGGUCUGGUACUGCCACCUCCCCUUUAGUUGCUCAUAGCAACACUGGUGCUCCCUCUAUUGACACAACUGAUUCAACAGUGUCUCCAUCUAUUGGUGCUUUAGAUCCUACAGUGACUCCAUCUUUUGGUGCUUUAGAUCCAUCUGCUCCUCUCACUGUGAGUGUGACAGAUGAGAUUGUCAUUGGUGCUGACAGUCCCAACAGUGUUCAGAGUAACGACACUGAUGAGCUGCUCCAACAGCUAGUUGAUGCUGCAGAGAAGACAGCUGAUGACCUCAAUGAGAGUGACCUUGACUCCCCAAAUCUAAGUGGAUCUCCCAGCCCACUUGGCUCUCGUUUACCACACUAUGGAGCCAAAGAAAAGUAUCAUGAGGACACAACUAAACCACUUGAACAACCUGAUACAUACACAGUUAUAGAGGAGUAUGAAAUUGAAGAGAAGAUUCUUGGUGAAGUGGUCAGAUACAAAGAUGA